GAGGCGUUUCAUUUCAUUUGUGUCUGUGGUCAGUAAAUUGAGUGGAUCCGUUCCCAGUUCUCCCUGUGUAGCUACUGUACCUUUCACCCGCCAGCGUUGAAGCUCCUCUGCUCUACGACUCUCCGUCUGCGAUGCUGCGUUUCUCCUUGCUCUCUUGUUUAACGCUGUCGAUUCUCAUUCACCGGCCCGUCCAUGGAUACUUCUCCGAGGAGCACUGGAGUCCGGAAUCUCCGCUGCUCGCUCCGCGGGUGCUCAUCGCUAUGAUCUGCCGCAACUCGGCGCACUCCUUACCGCAUUUCCUGGGUACUAUCGAUCGCUUGAAUUAUCCGAAGGACCGUAUUGCUCUCUGGGUGGCGACAGACCAUAAUGUAGACAACACAACCGUGAUCCUGCGAGACUGGCUAAUCCAGGUACAGAAUCUCUAUCAUUAUGUGGAGUGGAGACCUCUGGAGGAGUCCAGGGGUUUUGGGGACGAGACGGGGCCGAAGCAGUGGACGAGCCAGCGCUACGAGCACGUGAUGAAGCUGCGGCAGGCGGCCCUGGAGACGGCCCGCGAAAUGUGGAGCGACUAUUACCUGCUGGUGGACUGUGACAACCUGCUGACCCAUCAGGACGUGCUGUGGAAGCUCAUCAGGGAGAAUAAGACCAUAGUGGCUCCUAUGCUGGAAUCCAGAGCAGCCUACUCUAACUUCUGGUGCGGGAUGACCUUGCAGGGCUACUACAAGCGGACUCCGGCGUACAUGCCCAUCAGGAAGCAGCUGAGGAAGGGCUGCUUCGCCGUUCCCAUGGUGCACUCCACCUUCCUGGUGGACCUGCGCAAGGAGGCGUCCCGCCAGCUGGCCUUCCACCCGCCGCACCCCGACUACACCUGGGCCUUCGAUGACAUCAUCAUCUUCGCGUUCUCCGCGCGCAUGGCAGAGGUGCAGAUGUUCCUGUGCAACAGAGAGAAUUAUGGGUACUUUCCCGUCCCCCUGCGGUCCCACAGCUCUCUGCGGGACGAGUCCGACAGCUUCCUUCACACCGUGCUGGAGGUCAUGGUGCGAUCUCCCCCUCUGGAGCCCACCAGCCACAUUUCUGUCCACCCCAAACAGCCUGACAAGAUGGGCUUUGACGAGGUGAGGGGGAUGGGGGGGCGGGGGGGGGUAGGCUAAGAAUAAAUGAUAAGAAGGAGGCGCACGGCCGGAGGGCUGAUGCUGCGCAGCCUUUACGAGCAGGAGAUCGCCUGCAAGGUCAUCACGGCCGUGGAUGCGCUGAAUAUGAGUCUGAUUCAGGCCAUGGGGAUUGAGAUGCUUCCAGGGUAUAGUGACCCCUACCACGGUCGGCCGAUCACCAAGGGAGAGAUGGGCUGCUUCCUCUCCCACUAUAACAUCUGGAAGGAGAUUGUGGAGCGAGGCCUCAAGACCUCCCUGGUGAUUGAGGAUGACCUUCGCUUCGAGGUCUUCUUCAAGCGUCGCCUUCAGAACCUGAUGCACGAGGUGGAGAGCCAAGGCUUGGACUGGGAUCUUAUAUAUGUUGGAAGGAAGCGCAUGCAGGUGGAUCACCCCGAGAGGUCUGUGCCCAAUAUCCACAGCCUCGUGGAGGCCGACUACUCCUAUUGGACGCUGGGCUACAUGAUGUCACUGCAAGGUGCCAGGAAGCUUCUGGAGGUGGAGCCUCUGAGGAGGAUGCUGCCGGUGGAUGAGUUCCUUCCCGUCAUGUACAACAAGCAUCCAAUCUCUGAGUACAUGGAGCCGUUCGAGCGGCGGGACCUGAAGGCCUUCUCGGCGGAGCCCCUGCUGGUGUACCCCACCCACUACACGGGCGACGAGGGCUACGUCAGCGACACGGAGACGUCCACGGUGUGGGACGACGAGGAGGCGCGCACGGACUGGGACCGCGCCCGCUCGCGGAAGACCCAGGAGCAGGAGGAGCUGAGCUCCGACGCCCAGAACAGCGACGUGCUCCAGUCCGCCCUCGACAGCACCGCGCGCGACGAGCUAUGAGGGAGGGGGGGAGGGGGGGGGCGGGGAGAGGGAGAGGGAGGGAGGGAAAGACACGCAGGGGGAGAGGACAAGGGGCGAGCAGGGAGGGGAGGAUGGAAAUGGCAGAGAGAGAGAGGGAGGGAGAUUGACGGAGAAAUAUGGCGAGGAGGAGAAGCAGGAAAAGGGGGUUGGGAAGAUUAAUCAAUGCUGUGAUUGGGUAGCAGGAGGGUGCGGGACAGACAGACGGGACAAACAGACACAUGGGAUGGGACUGUCUUCAGUAGGCACCGAUGAGGUGGGAUUGUGGUGGUUUAGGGGUUGGAAGGAGAUUCCAGUCUCUUUAUGCAUUUUUCCCCAAGGACUGCUGGGAUUGUUUCCUGGGUGCACACAACUCAUUCCUCUCAUUUAAUCUCCUUUUUUAAAUCCAGAGUUGGUUUGUGCCUCCCGCAGACCAGGAGGUUUGUGAAGUAAAAAAGCAAGGAAACAAAGUGUCCCUUUUUUAAUUUUCUUAAAAUCUUAGGUUCUUCUUUUUUAAAAAUAUUGUUUUUACAGAUUUCUUUUAGAAAAAUGUUUUCCCCUUUUUAUCAUUUAAAAAAAAUAAUUUCUGAACAUCAGUGUUUGGGAUUGAUCCACCCUUUGCACGGUUAGAACUGCAGCGUGAAAAGAGCCAUCUGAUUGUACUUACAGUGGAAUGCAUGCAGCACUCUGAUUGGAUACUGGCAAGAAGGAACCAGUCCCAUUGGAUCAGUGGAAUAUCAGCAAUGUUUGAUUGGGCCAGAUGUAAUGAAAUUGCAGGGGAGUGACCAAUCCCUCUGCUGCUCGGGACCAAAAGAAGGGCCAUCAUAUUCAGAGCCUUUCAGAUUGAAUUAUUAUUAUUUUGUUUCUGUUUUCUUCUGCUAUUUAUAUUUGUGUUCAGUUUGUCAGUGGGGCAGACUGAUUAGUGGUGUGUGUGACCAAAUCUACAGAACUGACUAGCAAGUCCCACGCUCCCACUUCCUGUGAGCUGAAAUGGCACUUCCUUUAUGACCUCUGACCCCUUGGGGAGGUAAUCUUGAGGUAAACGUUCAUGCUAGAGGUCCUCCAGGGUCUACUCUCACACUCACUCAUUCACACAUUCACAGACAUACUGUCUCUCACACACACACUCACACGCGCACACACUGAUUCUCUAAUGCUCACUCAUUUGUACACACACACACACACACACAUUCACUCACACACUCGUACACAUUGCGUUAUAUUGCAUGACAUUCAUUGGGCAACUAUCAAAGGAUCGGGUCCAUUUUGAGUAAAGUCUGUUUUUUAUUUAUUUUACCUCAGGUCCGAUCUUGUUCAGGUAAGAGUUUAACAUAACAUAACAUAAUGACGAGAAUGGCACAUUCAGCCAAAAAAUGCUUGCCGUUUUCUCUGGUGUAGUUUGGGUCAGGAAUGACGUUGUUUGAACCUGUGAUGACCUCCAUCUUUAGCCAGGAGCAUGCUGGGGUUUCCUGACUCUGGGAGGGCUUGUAUCCCUGGAGUUCUGCUUUUCCUGUCUGUGAACUGAUCUCAGAAAUGUAAAGAAAUCCAGUGAGAAUGUUGUUGGAUUGUAGCGUUGUAGCCCCCCACCUGGUGAAGUGCGGAGAGUUCGGAGAAGUGGUUGAGGAGGUGGGUAUCCAAAAAUCACUUACUCAAACCCCCUCCUUCUUCCAAAAUGUGCCUUUUGGUGUAAAGAACUUUAAAAAUAUAUUUUUUAAACCAGA